CCUGGCAACCCUCGCUUAACCUCAUGCACUGUGCGCGUGUCCGUGUUGUGUGGAUACUGAAAUGUCUGAAGAAUAGAAAGGAUAGAAGCGAUACAGGGAUGAAUGAUAAUUUCAGUGACUGAUUUACUACCAUAAGGUUUUAGAAUGUGAGUGUGGUCAAAGGCAGAGGCUGCACUCUUAUGGUCCACAGACCUCCCAGCUGCACAUUAGAAUGUACUUGAUGAACGUGCCUCCAGUUGCGCCUAUUCACACAGAAUGGAGAACCUGCGGCCCACCCAGAGGCUUUAGCCUACCGCUUUGCUUCAAUGACUCUGACAGCGACCUGUCCUCCACUGGCACACCAAUCCCUGAGAAGGUCCAGAUGAUCAUAGAGAGCCUGAGAAGCACCCAGUCCUCACUCGAGAUGGGCGACGAGGUCGAGGGAAAUGUGUUAUCGGCACAGGAGGCUCGACCCCAAGGCUGUAAGGCCCGAAGACAGGGAGGAGAUCCAAUGGCUGGACCCAAACCGAAAUGCAGGGGUUCAACUGACCCCUUCCUGCCAGAAAUAUCCUCACCUGUCGGCUCCGGAAGCCAGGAGUCUGACAGUGAUGACUCGGUAGACAGGGGGAUUGAGGAGGCCAUACAGGAGUACCUGAAGGAAAAAGAUGGCUGCAAACGCAAGGCCGAGUUAGCCACCAAUGUUCUCCAACCAUCCAAGAUCCCAAGGACAGAUCAAACCUAUCAAGACAAUCCCAAACAAUAUUCAGAGAGCAAUAAGGUAUUGACUGCCAGCAACCAGGCUCCAAAAAUCCUGAAAGCAGAGGCCCAAGCUGUCCCACUUGUCCCGUCUUUGAAAAAACUCACCAAGAGCAAGGUGCCUCUCAAAGAGAAUCCUUUCAAGAGAGUGGACACGUGCAAAGUCACCGAAGUCCAAAAGAUGUAUCCUGGACCCGCCGUUGCAAACCCCGUGUCUGACAAAGUGACUAACCCUGCGGCCGUGGAGGAGGGGGAGGACUCUCCGGACUCCAGCAGUGACGACGGCAUCGAGGAAGCCAUUCAGCUAUACCAGCUGGAGAAGAAGGAAGAUAGACACGAGCCAGGUGAGAGGGAAGCCUGUAAGCCUCUGGCUGUCAAAGAGGAAGACACUGACUCCAGCAGUGAUGACGGUAUUGAGGAAGCCAUCCGCAGCUACCAGCUGGAGAAGCAGAAUGAGAAGAAGCCUGUGCUCAAGCCGCCUUUACUCAAACAUAAGCUUGUAAGCAAAGAACCAUUAUCAUACCCUUCAGUGAUCUCUAAUAGUGCCCAGGAAAUUAAAAGAAACCGCUUGUCCAGAAAGAAAAAGCCAGAGAAGGAUGUCAAAUCUCUGCUGCAGAUGCGGUCUCCGUCCACCCUUAUUAAAAAUACAUUUAUGGUCAGCCAUAAAGUCAAACGAAAUCGAGGAUCCAAGAUGGAACCCUUACUAGAGCAGCCCACGUCAGCGACCCUGAAGGUCGCCACGACUACAACUGCUGAACUCAUGUGUGCCGAGGCCAUACUGGACAUUUCAAAGGCAGUCAUGCCAGAGGUCUUCAAUCCCAACGUGAGCCUACCUGGCAGCAAGUCUCCCCAACCUUCCCUCAUUAUCUCUUCCGAGUGCCAAGGCAACGAAAGUGACGACAGCUCUGUCGACAGCGAGGACGGGAUAGAGCAGGAAAUCAGAAAGUUUCUGGAACAGAAGGCUCAAAUGCACAAACAAGGUCCCGAUGACUCCACGUGUGCCUCAACAGGCCUUGACUUUGCCUGUGAUGCAAGUGGUCCAGAGGGGGUCAACAAGCUCAGUCUGGAGGUGCUGAAACAGGGUCCGAAGAAACCCGGGAGGUCUGUGACGCAGAACAAAACGCUGAAAAGGGACUGCAGCAGCAAGUUGGUUUCAAAGGAAGAAAGGGUGACUGAUCAGAGAAUUAAAGAUCAGAGCAUUCCAAAGCCCUUAACAGAGCCCGUCAGAAGCUCAAGCCCGUCGGUGUCUCACCAGAGAGACACCCAACAGCUCAUGGCUCAGUCGGAGAGGAGAGAGCAGAGUGACGGAGACAAGAGCAGCUCUCUGGACAGCGAUGAGGAUCUGGAUACUGCAAUAAAGGACCUGCUCAAGACUAAGAAGAAGAUCAAGAAGAAAACAAGGGAUCUGAAGAUGAAGUCAAGGAAAGGCCUCAAAGAAGUGGACACCUUGCCGUCUAAGAGGCUCCCAGCUGAAGUCAUAUCCAAGCCUGCUGUGCUAAAGAGUAUGACUGCUAACACCAAGGGUAGGCAUGAUAGCAAAGAGACACCUAGGUUGAGUAAAAGCACCCCACAGCACAAACAACUGAGCAAUAAAAGAAAAGACUCCUUAGAUCAAGCAAGUGAAACAGGUAGAUCUAAAGGGAAUGGAGUCCCAGAGAGCCAAUCGGGUGACAGUAAUCAGGUGAUUGUCCAGAUCAAGGAAGACAGUAGCUCGGUAGACAGUGAUGACAGCAUCGAGCUGGAGAUCAGGAAGUUCCUGGCUGAGAAGGCCAAGGUUUGCACCCCAAUGGGAACUGUGGGCACAGACGAGAUGGGGAAAUAUGACAUCAUUGCAGGCACUGAUCCACUCCCGGAGAAGGACAUUAAAUUGGAAAAUCAGCUGGCUGAAAUUCCAAAAGGGGACCAUACCCAGUUCCUUGAAUCCCAUUGUUCUCCGAGUGCCUCUGUGCAGAAAGAUAGCCAGGAUGGAGGUAUCUCUCUAAAUACCUCCACUGCCUCUCCAGCCUACUCUAGCUCUGCCACCAACCUGCCCAGGAGUCCAUGCUUCACCCCAGCCUUUACCCACAGGUCCAGUCCUUUGGAGCCUGCAGAUGGAGCCGGACCCGCUAGAACUCAGAAACUAAGAAGGUUCAGUUUCAGUUCAAGCCACAACGAUUCCCAGAAUAUCCCAUCAGAGGUGACGAGGUGCGGGGCUGUCCCAGGACAUGGCACUCUACCCAGCACUGACUCAGACAUUUUGCACGAGAGCCAGGCGAUCCCCCCAACUGCUGAAACAAGAAACAGAAUCCAGAGCCCUAACCCAUUCCAUUCAACCUUAGCCAGAAUGGGUGAGACUGCAGCAACCACCCUGUAUCCAUACCCAUGUGGCGAUGGCAUCUCUCAUCGGCGAAGAAACACUGACUCUGCCCGAGAUGCACCCGUCACCGUCUGUCCAUCUGCGAGGAGCAACCAACCUAUAGUUCCUUUCCACUGCUCCCCAGAGAUGCCUGUGUCUGCUGUCUCCCGCCCCCCUUUCAUUGGUGCCCACCUCCCUCCCACUUCCACCAGGCAGCCUGCAGGGAGGUAUUUCAUGCAGACCCUAGUACCAGGAGGUCACUGGGGUCAAGUCCCAACCCCGGGCCGGUCCCAGAGCAGCGUGGCGCACGUGUCCAAAGACCAGACCACGUUUGUUCCACUAUCAGCUAGUAAGACCAACCACAUCCAGGUCAGGAGCAGGGAGGCAAGCAAAGGGAAGGACAGGAGCUCCCCAGUAUGGGGCGAGAGAGAGAUUGGAAGGGAGAGCAAGAAGAUAGAGGGCCAAGAAAAGAUAGCGGGGGAAGGCGAUUGUGUAGACGAGACCGAAUGCGAGUCAGAUGAAAGCAGAAGCCCAGUGAAGAAGCAGGGGUUUUCCACUUUGUCUCUGUCCAAAGCCAUUGAUCCUGGGGGCCUACCCAGCCCAUACAUCGCUCUCAACACAGAGGAGAGGAGCCAGGCGUUUCACAGGAGGUGCAUGGCUCUAAAGGGACCACAGGAAAUUGAGUCAUAUAAAGUUAUUUUCAUGAAGAGAAACGGGAAACCUGCAAAAAGACAGCUCAAGUUUCUCCCAUCCUCAAGAGAAACUAUUGGGCAGUAGAUUGAAGAACAGGUUCUGAUUUUAUUUGUAUUGUUGACCAUUCAUUGUUUGUGCAGUUUUGCUGUUUUGUUUUUGAUGAAAUAAUUCCAGUUAUGUUUUUCGUUUUUACAACCAUAAAUUUAAAUACAAAAUUAGUUUUGGAAACAUAGGCCUACACUUGUUAUACCGUUUUGUGGGGCAAAAUCCUAAUGUUUUUACGCCUAGGCAAGGAGCAUGGUUUGUAACUUUUAUAACGUCCGUAAAUAAAU